AUGCCUUCACAAUCUCAGGACAAUGCGCCUGACCCUGUGCAGUCACCGGAGCAAGAGCACGCCGACAACAGCCACCCUCCUUCCCCGCGCUCAAAUCAAGACCACGCCGGCAAAAUGUCCACGACGCCGCCAGUCACACCGCCACACACGCCUUCCAUGGACGAAGAACCCCAGUCACCAAGUUCAUCGGUAUCGUCAGAUUGGUGGACUGAAUUAGGUGUUCCGCCGCCGCCACCGAAACCUCACACAGUCAUGUCGCCUGAUCGAGCGGUCUUGUUCAAAGACAUCUCCGAAUCACUCGCUAAGCGCAAGAUGCAACGCAACAUCUUCUCGAAGACACGUGAAUCGAUGAGUUAUCAGGGGCACGGGAUCUUGGUGCUCUCCUCGCGCGGGUUUGAACGUGACCAUUUGCCCACAAAGCAGACAAGGCCCCCUCUGCUGAAGCGCCGUUACAGUGUGGAAGUCAAUACUACUACCGGAUGGGAGCAACAAACUGAUCGCUGGGAAGCUGCGAUAUGUCAGGUAAAACAUUACCAGAAGCCUUACUUUAGUGAGCACUUCACUCACGUUACACAGACAUAUGACAUCCCUGAGCUAUCAUCCAAGGAAGUGGAUCCUCUACCCGCUCUUGCACAUUGGGUGCAACUUCCUCAUCCUGCGCGGUACACUGCUUUCGCCCCGGCCUUUUCUGAUCACCUGGAGCCUCCCCACAACGAAGGAGUGUUCCUUACGCUGGGAGAUGUGACCCUUCAUAACGACUCCUUUAAUUAUAUUGGCGCUACCAACGCUCGGAUCUAUGGUCAGGAAGUAUGGAUGCGCGACGAGAGUCUAGACAUGGCUCUUGAAGUGCUUCGCCACGAUUACGACUGCGACGCUCACAAAAUCGGUAUCGCCAACUCUACUGUGGCCCAGAUUUGCUACUUUGCCCAAAUGUCAGGAUAUACUGCGGAAUACGAACAGUACAGGUCACGUUACGCCGACAAGAAUUGGGUCUUCAUCGUCAUCAACGAUGGCAUCGGCGGCGUCGAAAACAAUGGCUACGGUGGAUUACACUGGUCUCUCGCUGUUCUGGAUCGGGUUUCCAAGACAUGCUAUUACUUCGAUUCGCUUUUCGUCAAACUGAAAUACUAUCAAGACUUAGGCCGGGAUAUGUCUAUGGGCAUGCUCCAUAUUCUUGAUGAGAACCCAGAGGAUUGGAGGUACCUCGAACAAUUCAACAGUCCCGAUCAAAACGAAAACAACAGGUUCAAAGAUGAUGGAGGUGCAUGUGGACCAUUUGUAUACAAAAUGAGUCACUUGUUGAUCCUUGCAAUCAAGCGUUGUCAACUGGAAGGGCGAGAGCACCACUGCGACCUCAAACUUCCCUGUGGGUUUCCCGAAUCCUUCGGGGAAGACUUCCAUUCUCAGGAGGUUCGCUAUGAGAUUCAGCGCAGAAUCGCCCGCUGGGCACACAAGGAAUUGUCUUCGAGAUACGUGGAUGAAUGGGACUGCGCGCAGAUCCAGGGCACAGAUGCCGUCCUAGAUGACGGUCCAGUCGUCGCAUUCGAGGUUCCGCGCAGGUCUUCCAGGUCAAUUCACUCCGGACGAAAUGCCACCAGCGGCAACAGCUACCAUUCCCCGAUCACCCUAGAGGACGACGAUGCCAACUACGCUGUCCAUGGCAACAGGAGGGAUAGCCUGGACAGCAACGUUGCGUCCGCGGGUGGUGAUACAUCAGUCGUCGACCUGGGUGAGGACUCCGAUUCUACCUGGGUGGUGUCAGACGAUGACAUGAACCUGGAUGAGGACGACGAGGAGACCGCAGAGGUCGUCCUCGACGGCCAAAUCUAG